AUGGCCAAGUCUCUGCAAUCGUACUUCAGAGCGUUAGCGACAGAGCUGAACGUUGACUUAGAACGCACUACAAUACAUCCGGACAAUGCCCGAACAAUCAAAGGGUCAUUCGACGACUCAGUUUUCGAAUGCCAACCUGACGAAAGUACUUCACGGUGGAUGGAGUCUUCGUCCUCCUCAGACGUGUCGUUGAGUGUUCCCGGACGUCGUAGCAGUAUAGACAACCUCCAACCAUUUGACGAUAUACGAGCGACCACAAUAUGUCAACAGCCGGUGAUAGGCAAUACAGAAAGGUGGCUCCGGGAACUCCCGAUGGAAAGCCAAGAACAAGGACUGCCCCAUGAUGAAAUUCCCACUAGCGCCCAACGAGUGAGAAGUUUUGAUGAUGAGCUUCGUACUGAUAGCUUCGAAGCUGACAGUGACACAGAUGAUGAUAUUCCUUUCUUGAACGGAUAUCGGUUCGGAACCGAUGAGAAGCAUCCUGCGUCAAACCUGUUGGCAUUGAACCGAGAAGGUCUGAUACAGUACCCACCAAUGCUGUGUGAGAUUGACAACCCCAAAUAUUUAAUACAUUGGAAUGAUGAAGACUCAAGAGAAGAUACCAGUUCUAAUCCGAGUAUGCAAAAUGUUGCAUUUGUGAAGCAAGAAAACCUACUGACUUGUAAGAGCGACGUGGACCAUAUUGCUUCGAAGACAAGUAGGCCUCAUUCACGGAAUAGGAAAAGCCAGAAGGGACACGCUGCUGCUUUCGAGCCGGGCCUGGCUUCAUGGAUGUCCUUGGAUCGAAAGGCAAGCUUCGAAUAG